UUGAAAAUAAAGGUAUGAAAUCCUGAAGAAGUUGUUAUGCAACUAUUAAUUUUUAUUUAUGUUUAGGUUUCCAAGAUUUCUUAAUCUGUAACAAAAUCGUUAAUACAAAAUAUGAUAUUCCAUCACGAACUACUUUAUCACCUCUGAAUCUUAAUAAAAUUUAUAAUGCAUGUGUUGAUAAAACAAAAGAACAAAUAAAAUUAUCAACAAACUAUCCUACAAUAACAUGUGAUGCAUAGAGUGACAAGUAUAAACAUCAUUCGUAUAUUUGCAUCACGAUUCAUUUUCUGGAUUCGAAGUUGCAGCUACAUAAAUAUAUUUUAAGAACACAACCAUUUAAUGAAGCUCAUACAGGUGAAUCAAUAAAAGAUCUUGUAUCAAAUGUUUUAAAUGAAUUUGGUAUAAAUCCAAAUAGUGUAAUUGUAGUAUCGGAUAAAGUUUCAAAUAUGCGCAAGGCGUGGGGAUUGUUAAAUGUCAUUCAUGUAUUUUUUGUUGGUCAUGGAAUUCACAAUUUGUUAAUGAAGGAUUGUUUUUAUAAUAUUUAUUAUGUUUCAGAAAUCUUAGAUAAAGUUCAAUCAAUUAUUAACAAGCUUCGUUAUCGUUAA